UAUUUUCGUAUAAAUCGUGUGUUCCUUGUAUUAAAAUUUGUUUAACGUGUUAAAAUUAAAAUAGAUUUUUUGUGUGAGUGUGUUUUACGAAAGUAAAAGGAGGUGAAACGUUGUUUCUUUUUUGAAUAUACAAUGUCUUGCUAAAAGUGAGAAGAACAGAAGCAUUCAAAAAUGGCCGUGUGUUCGGCCGCUGUGAUCGUGGAGAAGGCCAACAAACACUAUGGCAGGCCUGACAAAGCAGACUUCAAACCUGUCCUUAAGGACAUGGACAUGGUCGUUGAUAGGGGUAUCAUAUAUGGUCUUCUUGGACCGUCAGGAUGUGGUAAGACCACUCUGCUAUCGUGCAUAGUAGGAAGGAGAAAGCUGGACAGCGGGAAUGUCUGGGUCCUGGGUGGAAGACCAGGCGAGAAGGGCAGUGGUGUACCAGGACCUAGGGUUGGAUAUAUGCCUCAGGACAUAGCACUAGUCGGCGAAUUCACAGUUCGAGACGCCAUAUACUACUUUGGCCGCAUUUAUGGAAUGAAAAUGGAAAAGAUGAUGGAACGCUUCGAGUUUCUUUCUGACCUCCUAGACUUGCCCAGUGGUGGAAGACUGAUAAAGACUUUAUCUGGAGGGCAACAGAGACGUGUUUCGCUUGCUGCGGCCCUGGUACAUGAACCUGAACUCCUUAUAUUGGAUGAACCGACUGUUGGCUUGGAUCCUGUGCUGAGAGAACGGAUAUGGGACUUCCUAGCAGAGCAAGCUCGACGUGGAACCACCGUUAUCAUCACGACACAUUACAUAGACGAAACGAAACAAGCACACAAGAUCGGUCUCCUCCGAGAUGGCCAGCUAUUAGCGGAGGACUCUCCCGAGGAUCUACUGAGGAAAUUCGACUGUGACACUCUUGAGGAAGCUUUCCUCAAACUGGCUAUGAGACAACAUGAGAUGCCUAGGAGACGAUCAACUCUGACAGCGUCUCCAGACGUGAUCCCGGACAGCAGCAUGUGUGCACCGGUGGACAACCGGUACCACUCCCGAGACGACUUCCCCACCAUCACUAGUAGCACUGACGUGCUAACAAAGAAAGAGAAAUCAAAAGGCAGCAAGAAAUUAAAGAAUUCUCGGUAUAAAGCUGUCUUCAUCAAAAGCAUACAGCAGUUCGCCAGGCAUCCUGGUGGACUGAUAUUUUCCAUCCUGUUCCCCAUAAUACAAGUGGUAGCUUUCUUCGCGGCCGUGGGCCACGACCCGCGAGAUCUACAAAUUGGAGUGGUCAACGAUGAAGCGGCUUUCUCACCAUUUGGCUUGAAGAUCUGCAGCAACACGAGUUUGGUGACGACGGUACUACAAGAGGACGAGACCUGCGACCUGUACAUGCUCAGCUGCUGGUUCUUGGAGGAAAUGGAGAAGAAAAUGCUGUUCCCUACUGUAUAUAAUUCGACGGAAGAAGCUCGCAAGGCAGUAGCUACGGGCAAGUUGUAUGGGGCGCUACAUUUCUCGAGGAACUUCAGCUCAGCGCUGGGCAAGCGAGUGGCGGAUGGAGAGGUCGAUGACGAUAUCGUCGAAGACAGCAGCGUUAGCGUCUGGCUGGAUAUGACUAAUCAUCAGAUCUCCAAUUUCAUGAAGACACAGCUUCACAAAGCGUACGAGAGCUUCACACGACGAGCCAUGACAGCGUGCGGUAGACCAGAAAACUUAGUGCAGAUCCCAGUGCACUUCGAGAAGCCAGUUUACGGUAAGAGUGAACCGCAAGUUGUCAGCUUCAUGGCGCCAGGGAUACUUAUCACUAUCAUUUACUUCUUAUCUGCUAUUGUGACGUCGACGCUGAUGAUCACGGACCGGCUGGAGGGUGUCUGGGAGAGGAGUGCGGUGGCCGGAGUCAAGCCAAAGGAGAUGUUGAAUGUGCACAUUACACUGCAAUCUGUUGUUAUUUUGCUGCAGACAAUAGAAAUGAUGGCGCUAGCUUUCAUUGGCUACGGUAUCCCCUCAGUGGGCUCCAAGCUGGUCUGCGGUCUACUGCUGUUCCUUCAGGGCAUCUGUGGCAUGUGCUAUGGCUUCCUAUUGUCAGUCUACUGCAAUAGCCAUACCAUGUCCUUCUUCGUGGCUACUGGUAGUUUCUACCCCAUGAUUCUUCUGUGUGGUAUUCUAUGGCCUUUGGAGGGAAUGUCAUACACACUCCGAAUGAUUUCCCUCACUCUCCCGUUCACGAUCCCCUCCAUAUCUCUAAGAAAUAUCAUGGAGAAAGGAGCCACCAUCAUGGAUAAAUCAGUCAUCUAUGGUUUCCUAACCACUAUCGCCUGGAUAGUUAUUACUCUAGCUUUAAUUUACUUACGGUUGCGAUUCAAGAAGACGUAGUUUUUUUUUAUUGAUUUGAGGACUUUAGUGGAUGAAAAGACCAUGUAUUGUUGCCGAAAACUCUUAAGUAUUUUUU